AUGUCACAGGCGUCUGACAGUUUUGUACAGUGAAAGAAAGUCCUUCAGUGGAGUAGCAGGCAAUAUUUUUUAGAGGAGAUCACUCUUAUAAAUCCAUCUCCAUCCUCCUUAAUUUAAGUAAAGAUGAUAUCAACAACGACAAGAUCAUAAUCUACACGCUACUAGCUAUCUGAAUAUAUCGGUAUUGUGAUAUUCCGGUGAUUCGAAAUAUAGAAAAGGGAUGGUGAAAGUCGGAUUUGUAAAGAAGGAACUGAAUCUUCUGUCGGGAUUCGGGGGGAGGGGGACCGUGAUUAAAGGGUUUGUAAACUAGUAAGUAAGAUCAGAUAUCAGGUGAUAUCAGUCGACAAAAAAAAAGAAAGAAACGUCAAGGCUUAUUUUAGAGUAAAUCUGAAGGUUGCUGCAUAGGAGUUACAGGUAGAAAAAUAACACUGCAAAAUGGAGUUGAGAGUGGGAAACCGAUACAGACUGGGGAGGAAGAUUGGAAGUGGUUCUUUUGGAGACAUCUAUUUGGGUACGGAUAUCUCUGUGGGGGAGGAAGUGGCCAUCAAGCUGGAGUGUGUGAAGACCAAGCACCCGCAGCUGCACAUCGAGAGCAAGAUUUACAAGAUGAUGCAGGGAGGAGUGGGCAUCCCUACCAUCAAGUGGUGUGGAGCGGAGGGGGACUACAACGUGAUGGUGAUGGAGCUGCUGGGGCCCAGUCUGGAGGACCUCUUCAACUUCUGCUCCCGCAAGUUCAGCCUCAAGACCGUCCUGCUGCUGGCUGACCAGAUGAUCAGCAGGAUCGAGUACAUUCACUCCAAGAACUUCAUCCACCGUGACGUGAAGCCGGACAACUUCCUGAUGGGGCUGGGCAAGAAGGGCAACCUGGUCUACAUCAUCGACUUUGGCCUGGCCAAGAAGUACCGCGACGCCCGCACACACCAGCACAUCCCCUACCGGGAGAACAAGAACCUGACCGGCACCGCCCGCUACGCCUCCAUCAACACACACCUGGGCAUCGAGCAGUCACGGCGUGACGACCUGGAGUCUCUGGGCUACGUCCUCAUGUACUUCAACCUGGGCUCUCUGCCCUGGCAGGGCCUCAAGGCCGCCACCAAGAGGCAGAAGUACGAACGCAUCAGCGAGAAGAAGAUGUCCACGCCCAUUGAGGUGCUCUGCAAGGGCUACCCCUCUGAGUUCUCCACCUACCUGAACUUCUGUCGCUCUCUACGGUUCGACGACAAGCCCGACUACUCGUACCUGCGGCAGCUCUUCAGGAACCUGUUCCACAGGCAGGGCUUCUCCUACGACUACGUCUUUGACUGGAACAUGCUCAAGUUUGGAGCCAAUCGUGCGGCAGAGGAGGCGGAGCGUGAGCGUAGGGACAGGGAGGACAGGCUGAGGCACGGCAGGAACCCCGUUGCCCGGGGAAUCCCCGCCUCCUCGGGGCGACCCAGAGGAACCCAGGACGGAGCCCCGCCCACCCCCCUCACACCCACCUCACACGCAGCCAACACAUCCCCUCGGCCCGUGUCUGGGAUGGAGCGGGAGAGGAAGGUCAGCAUGCGCCUUCACCGGGGCGCCCCCGUCAACGUGUCAUCCUCCGACCUGACCGGCCGCCAGGACACCUCCCGCAUGUCCACCUCCCAGAAUAGCAUUCCCUUCGAUCAUCAUGCCAAGUAGACGAACGCCACGUGCUGGUCUGACCGCCACGCCGAUGGCGGCUGGCGCCGGUCUGCACUCUGCUGCUCCUCGAUGAGACCCUCUCUCCAGCACCUCCUUACCAGAGGGACGGACCAAUCCUGGCUCACCACCACCUAACCCAGUCAAUCAGCUACCCCUCAAUGCCAUCCCCCCAUCACUACUGCUACAACUACCACAAUCAACCUCUCCAAGAAGAUCUCCCUCGCCUGUCUCUCUCUUUCGGACUGUCUGUCUCCCUCUCUCUCUGACUCCCCACUCUGCCAGCUUGUCUCUAAGCUGGAAGACAUUUGCAGGACUGUGUGUAAAUGCGUCUGGUCAUCUGAUGGGACUGUCAGAGGGUUUGUCUUCUGCCAUGGCAACCCCACAGACUUUACAAAAAAAACAAAACACAUUUGGUCAUUGCUCCUCCUACACCUGUAUGAUGAAAGCAAACUUUUUUUACUCCCCAAGUACACUGCUGCUUCGCCCUGAUCGAAACAUUUACGUUAUGUUAUUGUUGUGCAGUCUGGCCAGUUUAAUGGGAACAGACAGGCUGUGCUUCUCUGUGAGUAGGGGUGGUUUUGGGGUAGGCUGGGGUAGAUUUAAGGUAUGUAAGGUUUUUCAGUUGUAUUUCCAGAUCAUGUUUCUCAGACCACAAGUUCCGUUCUGUUGUUCCCCCAUUCUCCAGUCCUUUUCACUUACGUUGUCGGACUAACUAUGUACCAGAGACUGCAUGUUUCUGGCUAACUACUCCAGAAGUCCCCUGCCCCCCAUUCAGUGUACUAGCUCACUAGUGCACUUCUUGGUGUGCUAGUGCGUGUCCGAGGGCACAGGCCUCCAUCAGAUGUCCUCCCUCCCGUGUACAGACCCUCAGCCUCCUGGUCUUCAUAUGAUUUCUAAGCUGUGAAAUAACCUGUAAUAUAGACGUGUACAUCUCUUCACUCUCCCUUCAUCUUGGUUUCUAUUUUGGGGUGUAUUCGGGUCCUAACAAAAACAUAUAUGACUGGCAUCCAAAAGCCGAGGAAUGCCAGGUAACUGGUUUGAUCUGGUUCUGGGUCCAGGUAGCGGUUAGGGUCAGGCUAGCUUGCCUGGUCUUGUCCAGGGCCUGAGCCUGGUCAGAGCCCUUGAAAUGAAGUGCAGGACCGCAGCAGGAGCUGCUGAGAUUCUGGAGCGAACACACAAACUCUGUCAAACUUCCACCAGAUGAUUUUACACAGCUGCCAUUUGAAACUACAAGCUGUCCUAUUGAAUGUGAAAUACUUUUUUUAUACACAUAAAGAACUGUGUGAAACAACGUCCUUAUCUCCCCAGACUGCUCUCUCGUGAUGCCGGAGAGGUCCUGCACGGAUGUGGCUUCCAACUAACCAUGAAGGCUGCAUACAGGCUUUGUAAAGCGGUAUAACCUCUAUCACUUAUACCCUAUAAAAUACACGCUGAGGUCAGCAGUGGUCUGGGAUAUUUAACUCCAUAUUUUGGAGUGAGGACAACAUGUUGAGGACUAUUCAACUAAACCCUUGUUCUAAUCUUCAGCCAAUCAGCUGAGCCUGGUUGAGUGUUCUAGACCUGCUCUCAGUACCAGUCCUCUCCCUGUGUUAAUGACCCGUGGCCAGUUUGGCCAGUCACAGAUUCCUGUGUAAUUAUCUAAGCUACCAGCUGUCUAACUUACUUUCUCUUUCUCUCUCUUAUUUGUAUUUGCCACUGUAUUUGUGUACUUUAAAAACAACAUGUAAAUAAAUAAGUACUUGUA